AUGUCUUCAGCACAACGUGAUCCAUGGAACAUUGACUAUGUCAACCAGAGUCACUUGGAGGCUUUCGCACAGGCCCUCAACCUUCCCGAUAAUCCCGUCGACGGCACAGAAUCACCUUUCAGUCCCAAAAGUCCCAGAUCACCAACUCUGACAGAUCCUUUCGACAAAACUCAAACGUGGAAUUUCGGUCCAGCAGGAGACGAUGCAAAUGGAGGUGGGGAAGUACCCAUCGUCGAAUCGGGUGAUACUAGCGGGAGGGUGGAAAAGCUCACUGCUACAUCUGAUUUUGCGCCUGUUCAUCACGAGAUCCUAAGUCCCGUCAGACAUGCCGAGGGUUUAUCCUACCAACUCUUCCGCUGGCCUCUCCUCAGCGUCUUCCUUUUCUUCAUCGCUGUGGAAUUCUACUUCUAUGUCUUUGUACGCCAGCUCGUCAAUGUUUGGGAAUACCUCGCCACGUGGCGGGGUAAGAGAGGAAAGCUACGUGCGAAAAUGCGCAAAUCUCAGACGUACGAAGAAUGGGUGACCAUCGCCAAAGAACUGGACGCACUACUUGGUUUUGAUAAGUGGAAGGAGCAAGAAGAAGACGUUUAUUUCGAUUGGUCUUUGGUGAAAAGAGUAAGGAGACGAUUGUACAAGGAGAGGACUGGAGGAGAUGUCAAGGCGCUCAUGGGAGACCUGCAGACUAUAGUCAGACCCAACUAUGCCGCCACUCAGGAUCCCAAGAUGUACAGCGAGACAUUCUACGGCACCAAGACACUGGUAGAGAGCCAUGUAAGGGAGGUAGUCGCCGACUUGGAGUCUGUUCGACUUUCCAAUGAAGUACCCUUGGAUCAGAAGAGAAAGUUUUUCAGACAGCUCAAUCGUAAUUAUGGAGCCAGUGCACUUUGUCUCUCCGGAGGGGCUUAUUUUGGGUAUUAUCACUUUGGCGUCGUGAGGGCAUUGCUGGAUGCCGAUCUGCUUCCUAGAGUUAUCACAGGUACUUCAGCUGGAGGCAUCGUUGCUGCUUUGGUCUGCACUCGCACCGAUGCCGAGCUCAAAGAACUUCUGAUUCCCAAACUUGCGGAUAAAAUCACAGCUUGCGAGGAUCCUUUCCGAGUAUGGAUCAAGCGGUGGUGGCAGACGGGUGCACGGUUCUCAGCUGUAGAUUGGGCAAGAAAGUCCAUGUGGUUCACUCGCGGUUCUCUCACUUUCCGUGAAGCUUAUGAACGGACGGGUCGGAUCAUGAAUGUGUCAGUCGUGCCUCAUGACAGACAUUCCCCUACUAUUCUACUCAAUUACAUUACCGCCCCCAACUGUGUCAUCUGGUCAGCCAUUUUGGCUUCUGCCGCUGUGCCCGGAAUCCUCAAUCCAGUCGUACUCAUGUCCAAGGCUGCCGACGGACGAAUACAUCCUCACAACAUCGGCGGAUCUCGUUUCAAGGACGGCAGUCUACGAGAAGAUAUUCCCCUAGCAGGUCUACAUACACAUUUCAACAGCAACUUCUCCAUUGUUAGCCAAGUCAAUCCUCAUGUCCAUCUUUUCUUCUUCUCUCCCAGGGGCAAUGUGGGUCGGCCAGUCUCACAUCGACGUGGCAAGGGCUGGAGAGGAGGAUUCGUACUGUCAGCUCUGGAAUCGUACAUCAAGCUGGAUAUGAACAAGCAUUUCAAAGUAAUCAGGGACUUGGAUCUGAUGCCACAACUUUUGCAGAGUGAUUGGAGUGGCGUUUUCACCCAACGUUUCUCUGGCACAUUGACCCUCACCCCUCGAAGUACCAUAGGCGACUGGUUCCGGAUUCUAUCUGACCCCUCUCAGGUCCAGUUGGCACGGAUGAUGCAAGUCGGUCAACGAGUUACCUGGCCUGCUUUACGUAUGGUCCGUAAUCGUAUACUUAUCGAACGUGCCAUCGCCAGAGGUCGUGCUGAGGUCCGAACCAACAUGGCGAGAGAAAAGACAACCAAUGAUCGAUCGCCUCCAAAAGGAGUGGACACUGUGGUACCUUCUUUACAACUCCCCUUGGAGUCGGACAACGAGACAGACGUCGCUCUACGUGCCAAAAGGGCAAAGUCGACACCUGUAUCAUUGUUACAAGAUGGAAGUGCUAGAAGACGAAGAUUAUCUUCUCGUCAAUUCCGUCGAUCUGGAUCCGAUAAUCAAGGUUCUACUUCUCAAUUUGCUUCCUACGUACCUAGCGGUCUGAGCGGCUUGGCUUCCAGGCGGUAUAUAGGACAAACACUUCGUACACUCCCCACAAUCCCUUCGCCUUUCCGCACUCGUCCUUUUUCUCAGCCAGUAUCACAAUCACCGUCUCAAUCAGAAUUUCCGGCUCCACCUGCAUAUUCAGACUCUCAGGAUAGACGUCAAAACUCAUUUUCGAGAUGGUGGAAUAACGCCUCUGACUCUAGUUCAUCUGGGGACGAAUUCGCAGUCGGGGUUGCAAAUGUGGAUUCUGGGUCAGAGGAUGAAGAGGAGGAAUUGAGACGAAGAUUUGGAGAAGCCGUUGAGUUGGAAGAUGCGGAUUCGGUGCAAGGUGAAGAAGAGAGAUAUAAGUCGGACGGGCAGGAGGAAGUUGGGUUAGGUUUGAACAUGGGUGAAGGAGUUGCUGGAAAGGGUAAAGAGAGGGAAGAAGUGUCGACUCCGCAAGGGGAGGGUGUGGUGGAUGGACCAUAGGUGAAGAUCAUUUGCAUGGCCUGCGAGGUGAAUCAAGUUAUAGUAGUUAGUGGAAUAUUUUCAUGUUGUACAGAUGCAAGUCCUGUCGUCU